CACACUACUGUUGUACGACGUGCAAUGUAGAUUGUAAUUUGUAAAUACAUGCAGAAUAUCCUAAGUUUUGUUAUUGUGCUUUUUAAAAUUGAUUUAAGUGUGCGACUUUUUGUGUUUGUCUUUCGUCGGAAGGAAAUUUAUCAUCGUGUCUAGCAUGCUUUAACAGCUUAAUUGUUUGCGUUUUAAGCGGGGCAAGACAGAUAAGAACUUGUACGACAAUCUCGUUCUACAUUGCCGAAAUGGAGGCGGUCAAAGCAUUCACGUUUGAGGUAAAACACAUACUCCCCGUAUUUGGUUUUCAUGUCCAAAUUGGACAAGUUUAGACAGCUUUUGAUUUUACCCUUUAUUCAAUUCAUAUAUGAAUUGGACUUUGGGUCUUGUUUAAAUUUUUAGAACCAUUUCCAUCUCUAAUUCGUGCAAAUUAUUAUAAUUAUAAUCAUAUUUUAUUAAUAGUUUUUAUGUGAACUUUAAAUUAUGUUUAAUAUUGUGGUGUUAAAAAACUAUUUAAUUUAAUAUUGUACUUCCUCCGUUCUGUACCUUAACUUAAAUUAUUCAUUCAUACCGACCUGUGACAUCAGUUGGUUAGGAAUUAAGUCACGUUAACCUCCGUGGAAAACUGCUAUUAAACUUAACACUGCCAAAUAUGACGCAGUACAAUGCUGGAAAGAUGAAUGGGAAAAAUCAGAAUAAUGUAACUCAUCGCUCAUUAAGAACCCUACAAACAAACAGCCUGGCUUCAAUUUACUACGGAGAAUCUGGACAACCUUAAACCGAUUACGUACAGGUCAUGGAAGAGUGGGACAUUUUAUGCACAAAUGGGGUAUUACUCCUAACCCAUGUUGUGACUGUGGUGCCCCCAACCAGAACAUAGACCAUAUCAUACGAGAGUGCCCUAAGAGAAAGUUCGGAGGAAAGCUCGAGGACAUUUUUAACGCGACCCCUGAAGCUAUUGAAUGGGCGAAAAGCCUGGACAUUAUUCUAGAGUCAUUAUACUUUUAUACUUUUAUACUGUUGUUUAUACCAAUUGUCAUUAUAUUCUGUUUUGCUACCUGCUUAUUACUAUACAUAAAUUAUAUAUAUAUAUUGUUACAUUGUCUAUGCCAUACGAAUAAAUAAAUAACCAUCUCCUUUAAGUAUGGAUUAGGCAAUAGAAUAGUGGAAAAGUCUUUUCAUUAAGAUAGUCAUUAAAAGAUAAAUCAUUUUCCAAUUUUACAUAAUUUACAUAAUGACACUACAGUAACAUUUUUGGUCUUAUAAUAAAUGCAUUUAAAAUUAUGUUCAGUUUUUUUCAACUUUUAUUAAAUUUUGAUUUAGGUAUUAUUAUUCAAUUAAUCAUUAUUGUAUAUGUAAAUAAUAAGCAAGCAAAAAAUCUGAUUAAAGUGAAAUUAUGUGUUAUACAAUUACCUACCAUUAUACAAUAUGUAAUUGUUAAGAAAUACAAUAUUUUAAUAAAUUUGAUAAAUAUAUAUUGUAUAUAAGUUUGAUUAUAUUUGUUUUACUGUCUUCUUAUUUAUUUUUUUUUUGUCAUUAUAUUUACUAAAAAUCUUUUUACAUUUUCAGCUUUAUUCCAUUAUGGAAAUGAAACCACCAAUAUCAAAAGCAAAAAUGACAGCAAUUACUCGAAAUGCAAUUAAAGCUAUUAAACUGUAUAAGCAUGUUGUUCAAUGUGUAGAAAAAUUUAUACAAAAGGUAAAUUAAAUUUGUUUACAAAUUGAAUUGUUAUUAAAUGUAUCUUAAAAUUUAAAUAUUUGUUUAGUGUAAACCCGAGUAUAAGAUACCAGGUUUAUAUGUAAUUGAUUCAAUAGUAAGGCAAUCUCGACAUCAAUUUGGUAAUGACAAAGAUGUAUUUGCUCCAAGAUUUGCACGGAAUCUGAAAUCGACUUUUACACAUUUAUUUGCUUGUCCUGAAGAAGAUAAAGUAAGUUUAUUUAAUAAUUAUUUGUCUUUGAGUUUUAUUACGUGUUAAUUGUGUUUUAUAUUAUCUUGUUAGAGUAAAGUUAUACGAGUAUUAAAUUUGUGGCAAAAGAAUGCAGUUUUUACCACUGAUGUUAUUCAGCCGAUUUUUGAUUUGGCAGCCAAUCCUGCUUAUGGAGAACAUUCUCAAACAAAUACUUUAUCAUCAAUGGAUAAUAGUCCAAAAUUAAGUAAUUGUAUUUUGAUUUAAUUAAUCCCAAGUAAAUUAAUUUUGCUGAUGAUAAAUAUAAUCUUUGGUAGGGUAUUGUUCUAUUACUAUUAUAUUAUCAUAUCAAUAAAUUUACGAUUUAUUAAUAUUUGUUUGUAUCAAUUCAUAAUAGUAAUAGUUAAAGUUAUAUUGAUAAACAAGUUUAAAAAAUUAUUUAUAAUUAUGUAAACAUUUAACCAUUUAUACAUUUCUAAGUUAGUAAUUACUAAUAUAAAAAAAAAAACUACUGAUAAGUUUUUGAAAAUUAUUAUAUAAGUAUGCUAUUGACUUAUAUCAGUAUAUAACUUAUUAUUCUUCUACCCAGCCUAUAAAAUCAUGAAAAAUAAGAAUUUUAUUAUAUGUUUAUUUUAUUGUAUUCAAUGACAAUAUAUAUUUUUAAAUAGGUGUAAAAACCGAUCUUUUUAAAAGUCAAGAAAAUACCCCAAUCAAAGAAGAAAUAUCUAAAAAUAUCGACAUAUUACAAGUAAAGUAUUGUUUUAUAAGGACACAUUACUUUUUAUUCUAAUUUUGUAAAUUUAUUAAUUGUUUAUUUAUUCAUUACACAUUUUAGUUGCAGAGUUCAGAAGAAAACAAACCUUUGGACCCAGCUAUACUUGAACAUAUUCAAGCUAUUCAGUCGUUAUUAAAAAAGCAACCAGGACAGCCUACUAUGUCUACAUCUCCACAAGUAAAAAAAUCAGAUGGAGUAUGUAUAUUAUGGUCUAAUUAAUCAUAGUUUUAGAAAAGUAAAAUAAAAAUAAUCUAUUUAGUUUUAUUAAACCUAUGGUAAUGUAUUUUAGAUGAAGUUAUUUGAUAAAAAAAUUCUUGAUUAUGAUUAUGGUGACGAUGAAGAAGAAAUGUUAAACCAAUCUCCUGAAUUUCAACAACAACAACAACAACAACAUCAAAAUAAUACCAUGGAUGGACUUGACAGGUUUGUUUUUAAAGGCUUAACUUCAAUUAAUUUAUGCUUUAUUAUUAGUAUAUUAUAAAGAAUCAUCAUUAAAAAUAAUUUAAAUAAAAUUAAAUCUUUUAAGCUUUACUAUAAAAUAAUAUUCAUAGCUUAAUAGUUAUUCAAAGCAUUGAUAAAAAAAUAUAUAUUUUUAAGUAUCUAUUUCCUUCAUUUUUAUAUAUAUAUAUAUAUAUAUAUAUAAAAAAAGCAGGUAUACUAUAUUUGGGUAUGUUGUAAAAGUAUUUUUAAAUGGAUAUUUUUCACGGCAUAGUACUUUUAUACAACUUUUAUUAUAAAAAAAGUGAAUUUAUGAAAUGUAGAAAUUGUAGGUUAUUUCAGAAAUCAAAUUCUAUCAGCAAGAAAAUUAUGAGCUUCCAAGGUUUGUAUUAUAAUUUAUUAUUUAUCCUGCUCUUUUUUUUUUUAAGUUCAAUUGUUUUUGUUUAUUUUGAAGGUACAAUUUUGUGUCUAAGAUAUAUUAUAUUUUACAAGUUAUACAUUAUUACUUGAAAUGACUACAAAAAAUGAGUUGUGUUUAGUUAAAUAUGCUGUGUUAUGUACUCUGGAGUUUUAAUUUGUGUACUGGAUUUAUGUGUUGGUAAAAUUAAAUUAAGAAUAUAUUGUUAUAUAUUUAUCAACGAAGAAAAUUAUUUUGUUUGAGUUCAAGCACUAUAACUUAUGGAGAAAAUAAAUUUGUGUUAAUUUUUCAGCAGCAUUUAGCUGCUACUAUCUUUAUAAUUAUUCUCCAGAUCUAAAAAAAUGUUAUAUCAAUAUACAGUGUAUAGCUAUAAAACUAAGAAUUUAUCAUAUUGUCGAAUUUUUUUAAUACUUAUUAAUUAUUUAAUGUAUUAAACUGUUUACAAUAGGAGAACACUAACUUUUAUUUUUUUUUCUUAAAACUAUAAUUUAUGGACUGCCAUUAGAAACUUGAUAGUUUGAAUUAUUUUAUAUUAUUUAUUAAUUGUUAUGCACAUAGGUACUUCGUGUUUGGAUUGCAUGAUUUUUUAAAUAUAAAUAAUUGGUAAAUUUUACCAUUAUUGGUUAUUAUUAAUUUUGAAGAAACUCAAUGAAAGUCAAUUGGUAAUAUUUAAAAUUAAUAAUUGUUAUUAAAUUAUAUGUACAAUUUUUAAUUGAAACUUAACCUAUUUUUAUCUUUAUGUUUUAUUAAUUUAAUGGAAUAAUAAGUAAUUGAAUUUCUUCAAUAAGUAGAAUUUUCCAGGAAUCAAAUUGAUGAUAGGUGGUGGGAAAUAAGUUGAUUUUAAAUUAUUUUUGUGAACUAAUAAAGUAUUGAAUACUAUUAAAUUAAAUUUUUUUUUUAAAUAUAAAAAUAUAUUAAUUCAUAAGGGUUUUGUUAGGAAGGAAGUAAAUGACAAAUAUUCAUUUUUAUUUUCGAUUUUGAAUUGAAUUUAGUUUUUUAGAGAUACUUUCUAUUGUUUUGUAUUUUUUAAAUUCAGCCUAUUGAGUAACCCAGAAGUUCUGCGCACAUUGCGUAAUGUCGAAGGUCUAAUGUCUACACAGUCUAAACAACAAGCAGAGUUGGACAAGAUUAAAGAAAUGAGAAAAGAAGCGGAAUUUGACAAGCAUCUUGCUCAGGCUGUUCAGGUAAGAUUACCAAAAAAUUGUACAUGUAUAGAUUAGCAUAGUAUUAUUAAGUUACUUUUUGAAAAAUUUAAAAAAAAAAUUGUCAGUCCAAACACGAGUCCCCCUGUGCUUACUUUUGUUUAGUUCUUCCAAAAAAAUAAAAAAUUUCAGCGAUAACGAGACAUCGAAAGGUAGGUUAAUGAACGAGUGAUUCCAGUGUCCGAGCAAAUAAUUCCAGCUCGGUAAGUACAUAGAAUUAAGAUUUGUUCAUAAUUGUGAAUAAUUUUACUCUCUAUAUUUAUUUAUUAUUUUAUACUUAUUAUUCUAUAACAAUUUUCAAUUUCCUAUUUCAAAUUUAUAAUUUAUUUCAGAAUUUACCAUUUGCUUCUGAAUGCGAAUUAAAACCAACUCCCAUAGUCUCUCAGUCAGUUGGAAUAAUUCCAAAUCCAUACACUAAUCAAUUAUUCAGUACACAAAUUUAUCAACAGUCACAAGCUCUAAUGCCAUUAGAAACACAGCAAAAGCCGUUACUUCUAAAUAAGUAUGUAUUAAAACUAUAGAUAAAAAUAAUUUACAUACAUUUAAAAAAUAAAAAAUUACUGUAUUAUAGUGCUCAUGAAGAUCCAAAUCAGUUGAACCCCGAAGUGAUUGAUCUAGAUCAUAUUGAUUCACCUCCACAGACAAAUAAACGAGAAUCAAGAAGAGAUGGCUAUUUAUUAAGUUUAUCUCGUAAAAGAUCUCCAAGGAAAAGUAGCCGUGAACGUCAAAAAGAACGAGAAAGAGAUCGUGAAAGAGAUAGAGAAAGGAGAAAGAAAUAUCUGCCUCCAUUUAAAAAAAAUCAUUUAGCUGGUAAAAAUUGAGACAAAAUUUAAUAUUUAUUUAUAUACCGGUUUUUAUUUUUAUAAUACUAUUUAUAGUUGUCAGUACUACUCUUUGGGUUGGUCAUUUGUCCAAGCUUAUACAUCAAGAUGAUUUAUAUGGACUAUUUCAACCGAUUGGUGAUAUAAUAUCAUUAAAUUUAAUAUCCCCAAGAGGAUGUGCAUUUUUAUGUAUGAAUCGAAGGCAAGAUGCUGCUCGAAUAAUGAAUAAAUAUCAAGGAGAAAGAUUACAAGGAAAACCUAUGACGGUAAUUACUAAAACCUAAUAUAAUUAUAAAAAAAUAACGUCAAAAUGAAUAUUGUUAGUAAUCAGGUUACUUUUAAAAUUAUAUUGGAAUUAAUCAAAUCGAGUUCCUGUUUUCUUUUUUGAAUUGAUGGUAUUAUACUUUUUCUUGUGUUAUAACUACAAACCAAUUUUUAGUUUUUUCAAUGGUUAUAUACUAAGUUUAUUUACCACAAAGUACAGACACAACUUGAGUAAAAUUCAAUAUAAAAUCAAGAUUUCUGGAAGAAAAUAUAAUUCAUAAAAAUUUAAAAUAAUGAAACUGUUAAUUAAAUUAAAUUUUACUUCUUUCUGAUUUUUCAAAAUUAUUAUAAAAAUUGUCAAGAAAAUCAAAAAAAAAAAAAAUAGUAAAACCAAUACAUUCUCUAUUUGUUAAGGUUUUAAAAUGUGUAAUAUUUAUGCAUUGCCGGUUCAUAAUUAAUUUUAUAACAAUUUAAAUAAAAUAAUUUACUUUUUACUUAUAUUUUCACCUUGGAAGUAUCAUCAAAAGUCAAUUUUAGAUUUUUUUUAUUUUUUAAACAAUUUUAAACUAACAAAUAAUGAAUUUUGAUGAAACAUUUUUUUGAUUGAUCCAUUACAUUGAUUACAUUCAUCAAAUAUAGCAGUCCACCUAUUUUAAUUAAUAAGCGCGCUUUAAUUAAUUUAUGUAGCCUUUUAUACAACUCUGAAAAAAAAAUCUAUUUGCAUAUAAGCAAAGAAUUCAUUAAGUUUCAGAUUUUGAGUGCAACAAGAAAUGUUUUGGUUCUACUAGAAUAUAUGUGCAUUUUUAUUUUUGUCUGUCAACUUUUCUUACAUAAACCCCUGAUCACAAAAAGAUAAGAGAGUUUUUUUUUUUAGUAUUCUGGUUCUGGUAAGCGUAUUAAGUUUUAUUAAGUUCAAUUUAAUAUUUCGAAUAGCAAUCUUGCUUUGAAUUUCAAAAGUAGAUAUGUACUGAAAAUAAAUUUUGUUUAGUUGAUAGGUAAGAAAGUUGAUAUAUAUUUUACUUAUUAAUCGAGAAAAAAUGUAGAAAAAUAAGGAAGAAAGUUUAUAGCAUUAAAAUUUUCAUUUUUUUUUUUUUUUUUUGUGAUUCAAUUAAAACAAUCUUAGAAACCUUAAAAUAUACUAAUACAAAUAAUGGCAAAAUAAUAGAUAAAAUCGUUAUAACAUUUUAGCGAUUGAGAAUAUCAAAUGCUUAUAACUAUUAUAAACAUUUUUAUAAAUGAUAUUUUCAAGUGUUAUUUGAUUUUAUGUGGAUAAAAUUUGUUUUAGUGAAGUAGAAAUGUUUGAAAUUUUUACUCUAGGUUCAUAAUAAGUUCUGCUGAAUGAUUAAAAAUAAUGUUCAUACAUAAUAUUGUAGGUUUUUUUUAUAGUUAUUUAUAGUUCAAAUUUUUCCAAAAAUAGUAACAAUUACAGCAUUUCAAAACAUAUUUAACUUAAUUUAACUCAGAGUCAUUUUGCAAUAAUUUAUUAUUACAUACAUAAAUUAAUCAAGUAACUUAUUUUAAAAGUAUUUACCUUUUCAAUUUGUUACCUAAAACAGUGGUACACAAUACACAUGUUAGCAGUAUUUACUCUUUUUUUAGAUUCAGAACAUAGUGAGUGAUGUAUUGGUUUUCUUUUACUAUAAUUUGUGUUUUUUUUUGUACUCCAAAGUAUCAAGUGUAGCAACUUUUCUGAAAAAGAAAUUUCUCUAGUUGGUGUAUUUAAGAGGUUUUUUUUUUUGAUUUUCUAAUGGGUUUUCAAAAUAAUUGGGACAAAUCCAAAAAAAAAUUAUAAGUAAACGGUAAUUAUGGUGCCCUGUGGCAUUACUGAUAUUAGUAUUUUAAAUUUGUAUACAAAUUGAAAAAAAUAUUGCUUUAGUUGAAAAAUGACAUAGAUCAAUUUUGUUCUUUUUAAUAUACAGCCACUGAUAGAGAAAUUCGUUUUCUAUGUCCAAAGUAGUUUUCAUAAUAAUUAGGAAAAAAUUUAAAUUAAUUAAUAUUUACAGAAACAUGGCGUCUUGGUUUAAUUAUUUUAAUUUUUGCAAACGUUUUACUAUCAGUAAUAUUGCUACAAUUAAAAAAUGAUAAGAGAUCGAUUUUGAUUUUGUUUUUAUUAAUGCAUAGCCACUGAUAGAGAACGUACAUUUUUUUUAUACCUUAAGUACUUUUUAUAAUAAUUAAGAAAAACCAAAAGAUAAAAAAAAAUUUAAUUUUUUUUUCAAAUUUUGGCGCAACAAUUUUAUUAUUUAAAUUUUACGGGUUAUGUUUUCUACCAUAAAUAUCGCUCCUAUAAAAAAAUGACAAAAGACUUUUGUUGCAUUUUUAAUCUAGUUGGUGAGUAAGAGAGUAGUUUUUUGAUUUCAUCUAUAGUUUUAUAAAUAAUUAGGAAACACUGGAAAAUUCGUCAAAAGAACGAGAACUUUCGUUUUUUGAUGUAUUUCAGUUAAAAAUCUUUGAAGAGACUUGAAAUGUUGAAUGAAAAUUUAUAUUUUCUUUUCUAAGCGUGUUAAAAAUUUCAAACCAUUUUUGAGCUAUUUAUAGACGUUUUAAUUUUGGUAGAUACUCUAUGGUUAAAAUUGUUAAACUGAUCAGAAAUACUUGAACAUUUGACAAGAGUUUCAUUGGAAGUUGUAAUUUGUAUUAAAAAAAAUUUAGUUUAAUGUAGUACCUAUUUUUUGUAAUCAAAUUUUUAGUAUAAAAUUUUGAUGGAAAUCGUAAAUAUUUUGGCUUUUCAAAGUAUAUUAUGUAACCAAACUUCACGCAGAAUCAUUUUUCGUUAGUAAUGGCUUAUUGUUGGUAACAGAUAUAAAUUAACUAACAUUAUAUGUAUACCACCUUCCCAACUACUCACCUACAACAAUGGACACACUUUACCCAGUAUUAGUUCUUUUUUAAAAUUUUUUGUAUGUAAUUUUCUUUAUUAAGCCAUGAUCAAUCGCAUGUUUUAUUUUAUGCCAUUGCUCGCGUGUUAGAUUUUUUCUAAUAAUAUAUUACUUAUACAAUUUCAACAAAAUAUCAAUUCCAAAGUAAGUUUUAUAUAAUUUAAUCUUAUCAAUAAUAAUGGUAUUGUAUGUUUCAUAUUAAUGAAGAUAAAGUAUUGGUUAUUAAUUAUCGUUCAAUCAAUAAUAGUCAUAAUUAAAAUAAGUUAUAUGUUAGAUUUUUUUUAAUGGUGCGAGAUAUCACGGGUUAAUUUAAGAUAACUAUAAUUCAAAUAAUUAAUUAAUUUAGACAAAUGUUUUUUUAAUUUUAUUUCUUAAGAUUGCCUGGGCCCCGGGUCAAGCAAUGAAAGAUAAAGAAUGGAAAGAUUAUUGGGAAAUUGAUGAUGGAGUUUCAUACAUACCUUGGGAAAAAUUAAACAAGGAUAUAGACUUUGAUGAAUUGGAAGUUGGAGGAAUGUUGGAUGAAGAUACAAUGCCUGAAUGGUUAAAAAGUAAGAUAUUUAAAAUUUCAAUUUACUACAUUGACAUCUCAGAAAUCAAUUACUUAUUUAUGUAUUUGUAAUUUGGUUAAUUUUUGAAUAUAAUUACAGUAAUAACAUUACUAAUAAGAACUUAGGAAAGCUUUCCUUUCUAACCCAGUAUUAUGUUAUUUUUCAUUCCUCAGAUGAACGAUUAUUAAUGUCUCCGUUUUUUCCCUAUAUAUAGCUUUUUUAAGCUCCCUUGAUGUACUAAUUCCAGUAUCUUCUAUUAAUUUCUUUUAAGUUUAAUUUAAGUUCUUUCAUUUAGUUCCAUCUUGGCCUUGCUCUUCCUGGUUAAGCAUCUUUUUUUCCCCCUAUAUUGCGGCUAUUCAGGGGCUAUUUUUUAUUAAGUGUCCGAUUCAUGUGUUCUUUCUCUAUUUCAGUGAAUUCCAUAUUGUUAGUUCAUCUUUUUACUAACCCUCAUUGUUCCUUACUAUUUUUGCUGAAAGAAAUUCAUAAUUCUCUUUUCUAAUAUCAUACUUCAAAAGAUUUUACUUUGGCUUUCCUGGACUGUUGUAUAGUCCAAAUUCCUCUUCCGUAUAAAACUUCACUUCACAUAUAUUCUAUACAUAUGCUUAUUUGUAGAAUAUUAAAUAAUUUAUUUAAUGAAUUAAUAUCUUUAGUUAACAAAUUGACAGGACAAUUUAAAAAAUGUUCAAAAAAAUUUUAUUUUGGUAGAUACCUAUUUUAGAUUUUGAGCAAGCGAGAAAUGUAUUGGUUUUACUAUGAUUUAUGUUUUUAGUUUUAUUAUUGUAAUUAUUUUUGUCUGAAUAACUUUUCUCCCAGAAAUCUUGCUCCAACAAAAAUUGAUAAGACACUGUUUCAUAUAUUUCAUUUUGGAUCUAAUUGGUGCAUUAGGUACGUCAUUUUUUUUGAUUUUCUUAUCAGUUUUCAUAAUAAUUAGGAAAAAUCAAAAAAACCAUAUAGGAAAAAUAGUAAAAUAUUUAUGAUAGUCUGCGUCAUUAUUUACAAUUUUGUUCUUUUUUUUGUAAUUUAGUAAAAAUAUUUGUAAAGUAAUACCUUUACUUGGAUUAAAUAGUUUGACCAAACAGAAAUGCUUGCAAAUUUAACAUGCAGUUCAUUAAAAAUUUUACUUCGGUUUUCUCCAAUUAUUAUCAAAAUUGAAAAAUGACCUGGAAUUAUACUCCGGUGAGAGAAUGAACCGGUUUGGCGCAUGCAACUGAUGGCGUUGAAUGUCAAAAAACAAUUAAUAUUACUUAAUGUGGUUGUCACAGCAAGUACCCUGUUUAAUAAAUAAAUUGCUGGAUAACAAUAGUUCACUAUGAUAUAUAAAUAAAUUGUUGGAUAACAACAGUUCACUAUGAAUAAAUAAAACGUUUGCGUUUUUUUUUUUUUUUUUGUUCUGUACUGUAUAUAAACAAAGCUGUGUGGAAUAUUCAGUAUAUUGUUAUUAUAAAACUUUGAAAUUAAAUUAUUUAAGAAUUAGGGUUUUCAUUAAAUAUUUCUGGAUUUUAGACACAAUUAAAAAGAUAUUUCACAUUAGUUAUCAAAUAGUUACCUAUUAAAAAUGUAAUUGAAUUUACUGUUUAAUGUUAUUUUUAAGCUUGUGUCAUUGAUUAUUAGUUUUACUUGUGCAUAUAUAUAUAUAUAAAUUAUUAUAUUGCAAUAUAAUAAUAAUAAUAUUUUAUUUCUCCAACAACAAUAUAAUAAUCAAUUUUUUAUUAUUCCCCUAUAUAUCCUUUUUCUAUUGUAUGUUUUUUUAUCCUUUUUACUUUUAUUCUCAUUUGCUUUACCUGUAUCAGUAUAUUUAAUGGGGAAAAUAGAUCAAAAAUAGGUAGUCCGCGGAUUAAAAUUGUUCUAGUGUGCCAUACAUUUUUUCAUUUGUCUUAACAUAGAUAAUUGUAUAACACAUAGAUUAAACUAUGUAUCCACUAUAAUAACCCCAAAAUUAUGAGGAUAUAAUAGUAAUGUAGUAUUGUUACUGUACCAGAAAAUAUAGAGAUUCAGAAAUGACAUUUACGUGUUCUCACUUUUUACUUUUCACUUACCCAUACAGUGCAUAGUUUUUUGUUUAGUUUUUUUCAUUUAUGUUAUCAAGAAAACUCAUCUUCUUUCAAGCCAAUAAUACUUGCAGAGUGUUUAAUAUGCUUUAUUUUAAGUUGUUAUUGUAGUUAUUUCUGUUUAUUAUUAUUUGUUUUAAAUUAUUUCAUUUUAUCCGUGUUACUAAGGUAAUUCAUAAUUCAAUAAAAUAAUCAAAUUUUUGUACCAAAAAUACCUGAAAACCUUUCAUCCUUUUCAGGUUUUAAUUUUGCAACGAAAAGUAACCUAUGUUUUUUUCUAAUGUCCCAUCUAUCUCUAUAUCAGAAUUCAUAAAAAUUGCUUUAGCGAUUUAGGUGUGAAAACGUAACAGAGUUACUUUCAUAGUUAUAAUAUUAGUUAGGAUUAUCAUUUAUCAUUUAAAAUACCAUAAUAUAAUAUAAAUCAUAUAUCAUUAUUAUUUUAAUAAUGAGAACACAAUUUAAUAAAUUGAAAGAUUUCAUUGUACACAGAUUUCUCCAUUUCAUUAUUUUAAUUUAAUCAUUGUAUGUUUUAUUUAUUUUAAACAAUUAAAUAUAAAUAUGUAUAUUUUAAUGUCUUUAUCUUUAGCUCAUUUAAAGAAUUUGCGUACAACAAAGAAAAUUGAGAAAAAAGAAGAAGAAAAGUUAGUUGAAGGAAGUCAGCAGCCGCCGUUAUCUGCCUCUAAUUUUUUUGAAACACAAGGUUUACAAUCGCCCAGUGUUCAAAUGCAAAUGUCUCCUGCACAAAAUACUCAGCCCACUAAUCAGAUGAAUUUUAAUAUCCCUCCGACUAUGAACAUGCCUGGUCCGUUUGGAAUUAAUCCUAGUAUGUUAAAAUUUUGAGGUUUUGAUCUAGAGUUAGGGUAAUAUUUGUAUGUUUAUUAUUUUUAGGGCUGAUUAAUCCAAUGAUGAAUCCAAUGAUUCCUGGCACCAUGACUCCAAUGGCGAUGCCACAUCACCCUUCUAUGAUGAUGAUGAAUAGAAUGCCAUCACCAUUUGGACCUCCACGUUAGUUAUAUUAAAAUAAAUAUAUACUUAAAAUAAUAAUUGAUUUAUUAUUAAGUCAUCAUAAUAUUUUAGCAAACAUGGCAAUGAUGGGUAAUCCACAACAAAUGCCAAUGAGUAAUGAUCCACAAAAAUCACUAGGUGUACCUCCAGACAUGAUGAUGACUUUUCCUUUUGGUAUGAAUCUGCCUUCCCAAGGUAUACAAAUUAAUCAACCGGUUUAUGUAUUUACAUAAAUAAUAUGUCAAUUUUGUUAAAUUGAACAUAAAAUGGGUGGUUAUUAUUAUUAAAACAUUUAAAUUGAAAGUUAUAUACAUAUAAUAUAUUUUAUAAAUGAUUAUAUAUUUUUUAUUUUUUUUUUUUAAAUUAGCUGCUACUAUUUCUUCUGCCCAGACAAUAAUGGGAAUAAAUCCACCUACUGUCACAUCUGGUACCAGUACUGCACCUACAAUUUCUCAAAACACAUCUCAGAAUGAUAGUUUAAGCACACCAAAUCCUUCAAAUCAUUUGGACCCACCAAAUAUUAUGCAAUUUAAUUUACCACCUCCCCCGACUCUUCCAAUUCUAUCUGAUUUUACACAGAAUGCUAUUAAUACUAAAAUGGAAGAAAAAUAUGAUCCUAAUAUAUUAGGUAACUCUGAUCAGGAUGAUUCCAAUGAUGUAGAUGCAGUUAAUGAAAUAGAUGAUAGGAAUCAUGGACGGAACAUCAGGAAUCGUAGCCAUGAUAGUAGAGAAAGAAACGACAGAUUUAAUGAAAGAGAAAAUAAGAAUGAUCGUGGUCGUAGAGAUGAUUUGUCUCAAAGACAGGACCCAAGGAAUCGUAUGAAAGGACCAGAACAAAGAGAAAGAAAGUCAUCGCGCUGGGGAGAUAAAAUCAAUGAUGGAGAUAAUCGUAACAAUAUUGAACGAUUAUCAGUUAAAGAAGGGUUAGUUAUGCCACAUGCUCCAAAUUUAGCACAAAUUGAUAAUUCAUUGCAUCAAAUACUUGAAAAUGCAAUUCAAGACAAUAUAGGUAAUCCUCCGUUCCAGUCUGGUAUGUUUGGGCCAAAUGGCCCACUCCCAAAUCAAAUAUUUAGUAUGCCACCACAGGGAUUAGGACAAGGUAAUUACAUAAUCAUUUAAAUUUAUAUACUACAAUUUUUUAUCAGAAUUAAUUUAAAUUAUUUUUAGAUGGGCCAAGACCUCAUAUGGGCCAAGACCUUCUUAUGGACAAUGGUAAUAUGCGAGGACGGGGAGGAUGGAAUCGCGGUGGAAGUCGAGGUGGAUUUAGAGGACGUGUUGGAUUUAAUAAUGGACCAAUCUGGGAUAAUAACAGUGGGCCUAACUGGGACAAUAAUGGUGUACCAAAUUGGGGAGAUAAUAGUGGACCUCCUCCAGUUUGGCAAAAUCAAAGUAUGAAUAGAGGUGGUAUGAUGGGAAGAGGUAAUUUACGGCCACCAUUAAUGCAAAAUAUAAUGGGGCGAGGCCGAGGUACUAAAUUAAAAAUUAAUAUUUGAAUGUAAGUUAUUUAAUUAAUAUUUUAACAUUAUGUAUUUUUUAUGUUUCAGAUAAUUGGAUGGAAAAUAAUUUAGCUGUAGGUAGAGGUGGCCGUGAUCCAGAUAAUUGGGGUGGCCGAGGUGGUGGACGCGAUAUGGAUUCAUGGGGUGGACGAGGUGGUGGUCGUGAUUCUGAUGGAUGGGGUGGCCGUGGUAAUAGACUAUCACCAUGGAGAGGUAAUGGCAAUCGUAGAAGGAAUGACGAUUGGGAAGCGCCUAAUAAAAAGCGUUGGCGACGAGAUGAUAAUUCUGAAUGGGAUGAACAGCAAAAACCAUGGAAACGUGGACCUAUGAUUGAUGAAGAAGAAGAAAAAUGGAAAACUAAGGUACAAGGACCACAAUGGGGCGUUAAAAAAGAAGAAGGUAAUUUUUCAAAAUUCAGAAAUCGCGAUGAAGAACGUUCUAGAAAACAAAGUAAAUGGGUUGAUAAAGAGUCUGAAAAUAAGGUUAAAAUAGAUCCAUGGAACAUAAAGUCUGUUGAAUAUGGUUUGUCAAAUGAUGAAUCCAACACAGAAGAAGGUCCACAUCGAACAAGUGCUCCAAUGGAUUUAGAUAAUUAUGAAGGUGAAACAUUAGGCAAAAUUGAACAGCUACAUGAAGUCGAGGAAAAUGAUACUUCAAAUUCAAACAUAGAUAUAAGACGACACAAAUUUAAAAAUGAGUACCAUCAAGAUAAGAUAAAAAAAACACACGACUUAAGCAAUUUUAAUAAUGCAAAAUCAUAUGACCAAAGCAAAGAGAAGAAUGUUGAACAACAUAACAAUGAACAUCAUCAUUUUGAAGAUCGCCAAAAUGAUUUCAGUAAUAGUCCACAAUUAUUGAAACCUAGCAAUAUUGAAGAAAUACGGACAAAUUUAGAAAUUCAACAUCAAGACAAUAGUUAUGAGCAGCAAAAUAUCGAAGAAAAGCAUAAUGAUUCAGAUUAUCAAACAGAUUUCCAUAAAAAUUUAAAUUCUGAAUUUGAAUCAAGUCAAAAUAAAAGUGAAUUUGAACAAAAUCAUUUUGAACCCAGUUAUAAUAGCGUGAAUCAUGAAACUCAAAAACCAAAUGAUGAUCAAUCUUAUGAGUGCGCGUUAUUACUGAGUUCUACUAGCCAGGAUCAACAUUCAGUAAACAAUUUUGUGGCCCAGGUAAAUGAGGCUAAUAAAGAAAAGUAUAGGAAUGAAAAUCCUGAAGAGUCUCAAGGAAACUUAUAUUUUGCCUUAGACAGUGGAUCAUCUAUUAACAAAUCUGUUACUGAACAACAAAGCAAUAGAGAUCUACAGAUUGAAGGGAAAGAAUUGGCUCCACCAGACAAUAAUCAUGUGAACACAGAGGAAUCAAAUCAAAACUAAAACUUCAUUUUAAACCUUUGAACAAUAUAAUUAUUGCACAGUGUGUCAUAUUAUAAUUCUAUUCCAUUUGAUGUGCUAGUUGUCUAAAUUUCUUGAAAUUUUAAUGUUGUUUUCAUUUCACAUUCAAUGUCUUAACAAUUUUCAUUAUUUGUAUGAAAUUUAUUUUUAAUUAUAUAUAUACAUAUAUAUAUUUUAUAAAAUUUAACCAAUUAUGCAAUAUUAUUAGAUAAAGAAAUAUUUGUGUAAUACUAUUUUAAAUGAGAUAUAUUUCAGUUACCAUGUCUCAUGUACAUAUUAUUUUUUAAUUCCAUUUUUAUGUUUAACAGUAAUAUGAUGUAUACUACUAUGUCUUAUUAUGACAAUUAUGAAUAGUUUUAUUAAGAACAUUUUUGUUUCAUUAAACUAUCCACUUCAGUUAUGCUUUUUUUUUCUUUGUAAAUUUAAAUUUAUAAUUAUUUUUCAGACUAUAGUGGAUCAUUUAUUGAGUUGAGUAUAAUAUUAGAGCCACAAACGAUUGUAUUUUUAUUUUAUAUAUUUAAUAAUGAUAGUAUGUAUGAUAAUAGUAUAAUAUUGGUAUGUAAGAAUAAUUUAUUUCAUUAUUAUAUUAAAUAUAUGUUUUUUUAAAUGAAGAUCCAUGUAGAUAUGUAGAAAUAUUUAUAUAUUCUACACUUGUGUAAGGACAUAAAAUGGGACUUGUGUUAUUAAUAGUAUAAUAUUGUAUUUAAUAUUAUUAU